UGAUCCUAACACGUGCGGCAGGAAAGGUAGCAGAAACAUCAAAACAUGGGCGGCAAAAAGAAAGUGCAUCCAAAGACGCGUACGGCGGCCUUCAAGGCCAGCGAGCCGAGUGAGAUUGUAGAGGCGCCGCACUCCUUUGUCAUUCAUCGCGGCCUCACCUGUCCGUACAUCACGGACCUUACUUUGGACUUCCGUCGGAUCAUGGAGCCCUUCACGGCCAGUAAUCUUCGAGAGAAGCGAAUGAACCGCAUUAAGGACUUUGUCAGUUUAAGCAGCUUCUUUCACGUCUCCCACAUGGGCAUCUUUAACAAGGCCUCCACGCAGCUGUCUUUUAAAGUGGUCCGUCUGCCGCGCGGUCCGUCCCUAACUUUUAAGGUUCACCAAUUCACCCUUGCCAGGGACGUGAUCUCUCUCAGCAAAAAACAGAUGAUUGACAAUGACCACUUCAAGCACGCCCCCUUGGUUAUCAUGAACAACUUCAGUGGCGAUGGCAAGCACCUCAAGCUGAUGGCCACCACGUUCCAGAAUAUGUUCCCCUCCAUAAACCUGGCACAGGUUAAUAUUGGCACCAUUCGUCGCUGCGUACUGUUCUCUUAUAAUCCGGAAACCAAGCUGGUAGAGAUGCGACACUACUCCGUGCAGGUGGUGCCCGUUGGCUUGAAGCGAGCGGUCCAGAAGAUUGUCAAGGGCACAGUGCCUAAUCUUGGCAAGUGCAACGAAGUUGUGGAUUUUGUCACCAAAGAUGGAUAUGCCUCCGAAUCAGAGGCUGAGGAUGAUGAGCAGUCCCACGUAGUCCUCGCACAAACACUCAAGAGCAAGGGAAACCUGGAGGACAACAAGAGCUCUAUUAAGUUGCACGAGAUCGGACCUCGUCUAACUUUGCAACUCAUCAAAAUAGAAGAAGGCCUGCUGACCGGCGAGGUUCUGUAUCACGAUCAUGUAGUCAAAACAGAAGACGAAAAGGAAACCUUGCGCAAACUGGUCGAGAAGAAGCGUAAGCAGAAGGAGCAACGUAAGAAGGAACAGGCCGAGAAUCGUGCUCGGAACUUGAAACUAAAGAAGGAUGAAAAGUGGGCUGCCAAAAGGGAGGCGGAGGGACGUAAUGACAGCGAUCCCGAAGACGAUGCGGAAUACUACAAAGAGGAGGUCGGUGAGGAUCCAGAUGAAGAACUCUUCAAAACGGAAGCCAAAUCUUCUCGCAAGCGGCCCAACCUGAGUGGCGGAAUGAAAUACAAGAAUAAGCGGGCUAAGCUUGAUCCGAACGACAAGAAGGACAAGUUUGACCGAAAGGAUAAGAAGGAUAAGUUUGACCACAAAAACAAAAAGGACAAGUUCGACCCCAAGAACAGAAGGCCCAAGUUCGAUCCCAAGAACAAACGUGCCAAGUUUGACCACAAAAAGAGUAGGAAAUCAAAGUAGUAUAUUAAACAUAAGCUAUUUUAUAAAGACCGUUGGUUAGCCUGA